AUGACAAUUCAAAAAUCAAUUAAAAUGGUUUGCCGGCACCCAAAACAUCAAAAAGGACCAUUGACUAAAGAUAUCAUAUUCAAUAUGAAAUCUGUUGCUAUUUUAUUAUUUGCCUUGUUGGCAGUCUAUUCAGUAUCAGCUGUCGCUGUCCACGAACAAACCAACGUUCGUGUUGAAAAGAACGGUGAAGAAGGUGUCCAAUGCACCCUUUGCAGUUACAUUGUCGGAAAGGUAGAGAAUGCCGUCGAAAAGAACAUCACUGAAGCUCAAAUCAUCAUCGAUCUCCAAAACGAGUGUGCCAUCAUGGGUGCCUUGGCUGGUGAGUGCAAGACCCUCAUCGCUGUCUACGGUCCAACCAUCAUUGCCAAAGUCCAAGCCGCUCAAAACCCAAUCACCAUCUGCACUGACAUUGGUUUGUGCUCAUCAAAGGUUGCCGUCAAGAAGCCAGUCCCAGCCGUCAAGGGUGGUAUCAACUGUGAUAUCUGCAACUACUUGGUCGGUAAGAUUGAGUCUGCUUUGAACUUGAACAUGAACGAAACUGAAAUCAUGGGACUUUUGCAAAACGACUGCUCCAAGUUGGGUCCAGUUGCCUCUGUCUGUGACGAUGUUGUUAACAUCUAUGGUCCAACCAUCAUCCAAAAGAUCCAAAACCAAGAGAACCCAUUGACCGUUUGCACUGAAGUCGGUCUCUGCACCACUGCCGUUGCCAAGCCAGCCCCAAAGAAGGCUGUCAAGGGAGACACUGAAUGUGCCGUCUGCAACUACAUUGUUGCUCGUGCCGAGAAGUACAUCGAAGGUAACUUGACUGUCCCAGAGAUCGUCUCUGCCUUGGAAACCGACUGCGCUGAUUUGGGUCCAUUUGCCUCGAUCUGCAAAACCGCCGUCUCCUUGUACGGUCCACAAAUCGUCCAACAAUUGAUCAACGAAGUCAGCCCAACCACCAUCUGCACUGAUAUUGGUCUCUGCACCUCUGCCAAGAAGGUUGCCAAGCCAGUCAAGAACGACGUCGAGUGCUCACUCUGCAACUAUUUGGUCGGUAAGAUCGAAUCAUACUUGGGUCUCAACAUCAACGAAACUCAAAUCGUCGCUUUGUUGGAUAACGACUGCAACGAAUUGGGUCCAUUGGCCUCAACCUGUCAAAACUUUGUCAGCAUCUACGCCCCACAAAUCAUCAACUCAAUCAUCAACGACGAGAACCCAAUCACCAUAUGCACUGACCUCGGUGUCUGCUCCUCAAAGGCUGCCAAGAAGUCCGUCAAGGGAUCCACUGAAUGCACUCUCUGCUCAUACUUGGUCGGUCGUAUCGAGACCUACUUGGACAAGGGAUUGACCGUCAACCAAAUCGUCACCAUUUUGGAGAACGACUGUGCUGAUAUCGGUCCACUCGCUUCCACCUGCAAGUCAAUCGUUGCUUUGUACGGUCCAGCCAUCGUUCAACGUCUCAUCAGCGGUGUCAGCCCACUCGCCAUCUGCACUGAUGUUGGUCUCUGUACCUCUGCCAACGCCAGACCAUCAUUCACAAUCCAAGCCAACUAA